CUACUCCCCGCCACGUGCCGUGCUGCCCUACUCCCCACCUGUUGCCCGAGCCCCUGCCCAGUGCCCCUGCCCAGUGGUAGGUUGCCGCCUUUUGCCCGAGGCCUCUGCCCAGUGGUAGGUUGCCGCCUGUUGCCCAAGCCCCUGCCCAGGGGUAGAUUGCCGCCUUUUGCCCGAGGCCCCUGCCCAGUGGUAGGUUGCCGCCUGUUGCCCAAGGUCCCUGCCCAGUGGUAGGUUGCCGCCUGUUGCCCGAGGCCCCUGCCCAGUGGUAGGUUGCCGCCUGUUGCCCGAGCCCCUGCCCAGUGGUAGGUUGCCGCCUGUUGCCCGAGGCCCCUGCCCAGUGGUAGGUUGCCACCUUUUGCCCGAAGCCCCUGCCCAGUGGUAGGUUGCCGCCUGUUGCCCGAGGCCCCUGCCCAGUGGUAGGUUGCCGCCUGUUGCCCGAGCCCCUGCCCAGGGGUAGAUUG